AUGGGUUACUCCACAAUCUGGCGAAAGGCUUCUAGCCUGUGGUGGCUCUUUCUAUUCACCGUCGAAUGUACUUGUUGGGCUCCAUUUGAAAAUCCUGACCUGACCGACCCUCAGUCCACUUGCUUCGGUGACAUCCUCUGUCCUUUUGUCGACGGCAUCCCUACCCUCCGCUGCGAUCGUGCCUGUUACCAAUAUGAGCGAUAUGCCUGCACUGAUGGCCGACUUCUGGCUCUUGAUCCGCCAAACCCGGACUCAUUUGCUCCGCGGUGUCCGAACCAAGCCACCUCGCUCCACCUGAGCGAUCCCCCAUACGAGAACUACUUCUACUCAGACUGCAAUGUUGAUGCUCAAGUUGUCGUUACUACUCCUCUGCAAACCAGCGACCUCUCGAUUAUUAGCCCCCGGCUUGUUAUUGCAUGGCCAGCUGGGAAUAGUGGUGCGUGUGCCUUUUUUGAGCCUCAAGAUGGAAAAAACGGAAGUCUUGGAAUCGAGCUAGUCUCCAAGGCUACUGGCUCUGAUCUUUCCCCUGUCUACGUAACAAAUUUCCUUUCAAAGUAUCCGAGUGUUGGGGUUGAGGGCAUUCUACACUUCAACUCCUCCGCCUUCCUAACCCUGUCCAUUCUUGGCAGUGUCCGGACCAUCCGAGACUUCACCGAGGGGCCGAGUAUUCUUCCUCCCAUCAUCCAAGACGCGACUUCCCUGCAGUCGACAAAAAAUGGAGGGGUUUCCUUGUCUAGGUUAUGGUUGGACAAUGAAACUAGGAUCACACUUUCUUUCUCACCACACGGCAAUGGUACCAUUACUGUCGAGGAAGACCAAGUUUCCUUCAAUCCAGGCAUAUAUACCUUCUCAGCUCAUCUCAACUAUCCUCAGCUCGAGCAGCUUACGCCCCAGGAGGUCUUCAAUCCCGCUUCCCAAGAACUUGCGACGCAAAUGUCCGAUGAAGCAACAUCACUUGCUUUCUUGUCGUACACUGAGAAGCUGCUGGCAGGAGCUUGGAGAUUCUUGACCUACUUUGGUCGGGAUUCUAUGAUUUCGGCACUUUUGCUACAGCCUGUACUCAGCGAAGGCAACGGUGGUGCGAUCGAAGCUGUGAUAGGCGCUGUUCUUGAGCGUAUCAACAAGACCGACGGUACAGCUUGUCACGAAGAGACGAUCGGCGAUUAUGCUACCUAUUUGAAUCUCGUCGAAAAGAACAUCUCCAGCACACAGCCCAUUUUCGAUUACAACAUGGUUGAUACAGACUACUUCCUCCCAGUCCUUAUGCAACGAUAUUUUCUGGGCAGUCCCAUGGGCAUGUUACGUAGCAGAGAGCUGCUGGCAAGAGAAGCUGGCGCUAUCGAUUCUACCAAUCGGGGUCUUAGAUAUGGAGAUCUGGCUCGGCUGAAUGCCGAAAAGAUCAUGGACAACGCGGCACCAUUCGCUGCCCCUGGUGGCCAGGUUAAAGAGAACAUGAUCCGUCUCAAGGAAGACACGGUGGUUGGGCAAUGGCGUGACAGUACUUAUGGCAGCGGUGGUGGCCGCAUCCCGUAUGAUGUCAACACAGCUUUGGUUCCUGCUGCCUUGCGUGCUAUCGCUGCGAUAUCCCGCUUCGACCCCUCGAUUUACGCCGGACAUGACGACUGGGCUGACCUGGCUGAUGAAUAUGCACAAGUGUGGGAAGACGAGACGCUUCCCCUUUUCCAAGUCACAAUCCCGGCUGACGAAGCUCGGAAUCGUCUUGAGAGCUUCGUAUCAACAAGCGAAUAUUACAACGGGCCAAGCCAUGCAGAUAGCAUUGACAGCGACGUCAUCUUUCACGGCCUUGCCCUCGAGGGAAACAAUGACAUUCCGCUUGUCGAUGUGAUGAAUACCGAUGAUUGCUUCCGACUUUUCCUGUUGAACACCACCAAUGAAGCACAGCUUACCUUGUUUCUCAAUCAAUCUGCUCUGAAUGUUCUUCGGCCCUUCCCAGCAGGUCUGAUGACCUCCGUUGGUGUUGUCGUUGCAAAUCCAGCUCUUGGUGAAGAAGAGAUCUUACGGACAAACUUCACCAACAAUGCCUACCAUGGGACAGUCGUAUGGAGCUGGCAGCUGGCUAUGAUUGCCAGAGGCCUUGAGACGCAGUUGGCCAGAUGCAACGAUGACAAGGCGCCAGCCUUCUGUGCUGAUAGCAAAGUCUAUGGUAAUGUCAAGCUUGCUUACAAUACUUUAUGGGACAAUCUAGAGGCAAACAGGGAAACCCUGUCUCAAGAAGUUUGGAGCUGGCGUUACAUGGACAACGAUUUCCAAUUCACGCCACUUGGGUCUUUACCACCUCCUCCUGGAGUAGGUGGAGGCACCGAGUCAAACAUUCGGCAACUAUGGUCCUUGACCUUCUUAGCGGUCAAGCGGAAUGAGGCGUUCAAGUGA